AUGGAGCUGCCAUUGAGUCAACGUCACUUCUCAGGGACACUCCUGCUUUUGGUGAUGUCAAACCUGCUGCUGUGGGAGAAAGCUGCAGCAAUUCCUGCUUGCCAUACUGAAGAGGGAGGCUGUAUGGAGCUCCUUGUGGAAACAUUUAACAAUGCCAUCAACAGAGCUGAAACUGUCUAUAAUCUUGCUGUUCAAAUAUAUCAAGAAUUUCUUAUAAAAUUGUUGAGGGAGGAUUAUCCUAGUCUCAGUGCCAGAACUCACUGCCAUGCCAAGAUCACAAAUCCUCCAUAUCCGGGAAAUGAACACACAUAUAUUCCGACCAAAAAAUAUUUAAAAAUGUUGAUCAAUUUUGUGGGUGCCUGGAAUGCCCCUCUAUACCAUCUGGUGGUUGAACUGAGUGCCAUGGACGAUGUUCCUGAAACUAUCCUUUCAAAAGCCAAUGAGAUUGAAGAGAACAACAGAGAAAUCCUGGAAGACCUUAGAUGGAUAUUCACUAAGGUCUAUCCUACAGAAAACGUACGAGAAAAUUUCCCAAACUGGCAACAUCUUCCAUACAUAAAAUCAAGUCUCAGAAAUGAUCAGUUUUUGGCAAUAUUUCACCUUUCCAACUGCCUCCGCUCAGAUAUACAGUUCACUCUAUUUCAUCUCAAAAAACUGAAGUGUCGAAUGACCAGGAAAAAUUGUUAA